UGGAGUUGUGUAUGUGUGAGGCUCAGGGUGGGGGGCUUUGCAGCCAAGAGGGGAGGACGGGGCCUGCGGUGGGCUCCUUGGCCAGCUCCAGUUACCACAGCAGUGAAGCUAAAGGCCACACUUCCCCCUGGAGCCCGGGCAUCUCGACAGCCCGAGGCGGCUUGCUCCACUGGAGGGGGGUCCCGGAGGAUAGAGAGGGAGACCCCUGCACCCCAAGUCUCAGUACUAGAACCUCCCUGUCACCCCGGCCCCAGAAUCUUCGGCUGAGUAACCUCCUGGUGAAGGCGGGGACGCGCCCUGUCUCCGAACCCCACCCCUCCUGGCGCAGAGCCGGCCUGGUGGAGAGGGGGCAGCAGGUGUCCCGAGAAGAGCGAGGAAGAGACCCUGGAAGAGGCUCUGAGGUCUGCAGCUUUCACCCAGCAUGGCUGACAGCAGGCCCAAGCCCCCCAAGCCCGCCAACAAGACGCCCCCCAAGUCCCCAGGGGACCCCGCGAAGGACAAGGCAGCCAAGAGGCUGUCACUGGAGUCGGAGGGUGCCAGCGAGGGGGCGGCCGCCACGGGCCCGGAGCUCAGCGCCCUGGAGGAGGCCUUCCGGAGGUUUGCGGUGCACGGGGACACCAGGGCCACCGGGAAGGAGAUGCACGGCAAGAACUGGUCCAAGCUGUGCAGGGACUGCCAGGUGAUCGACGGCAGGAACGUGACCGUCACCGACGUGGACAUCGUCUUCAGCAAGAUCAAGGGCAAGUCCUGCAGGACCAUCUCAUUCGAGCAGUUCAAGGAAGCACUGGAGGAGCUGGCCAAGAAGAGGUUCAAAGACAAGAGCGGGGAGGAGGCCAUCCGAGAGGUGCACAGGCUCGUCGAGGGCAAGGCCCCCAUCAUCUCGGGGGUGACGAAAGCCAUCUCCUCGCCCACCGUGUCGCGGCUCACGGACACCAGCAAGUUCACGGGCUCCCACAAAGAGCGCUUUGACCCGUCGGGCAGGGGCAAGGGCAGGGCGGGCCGCGUGGACCUGGUGGACGAGUCGGGCUACGUGCCGGGCUACAAGCAUGCGGGCACCUACGACCAGAAGGUGCAGGGGGGCAAGUAG